CCCGUGGCGGACACGAAGCCAGAGGCGCCAGUGGCGAAGCCAGAGACGAAGCCGGAGCCCGCCACCAAGCAAGCAGAGACACCCGAGCCAGAGUCCCCCGAGUCCAUGAUCAACAUGGACACGUUCCAGCAGCUGCUUGAUCUCGACGAGGACGAGACACAUGACUUCAGCCGUGGUAUGGUCGACGAGUACUUUUCGCAAGCAGAGACGACGUUCGAGGACAUGGACAAGGCCCUCAAGUCGUCCGACCUCCCCAAGCUAUCUUCCCUCGGUCACUUCCUCAAGGGCUCAUCCGCGACGCUCGGCGUCUCCCGCGUGCAGCUCUCCUGUCAGAAGAUACAGCAUUACGGGGAGAAGAAGAACGAGGGCAAGGAUCUCUCGGACGACGAGGCGCUCUCGCGCAUCGGCGAGCUGCUCGGGAAGGUCAAGGUGGACUUCCGCACGGCCGAGGAGUGGCUGCAAGCGUGGUACAGGGAGAACGCCGUCGAAGACUAAGCUGCGCGUCAUACCCAGCCGCAGCUGGCACGCCUCUGUCGCGCUGGCCGGCGCCCACGUCACCUACCACUAACGGUACAUAGAGGCGUGCGGCUGCCGCGCGCGCGUCUGCCCCGAUGGCCCGGGAGGACCAACGACCAACGAUGACAGAAGGACAUCACCUGUACUGGCAUAGGACCAGGUAUUUGUAUAUCCACUGCUCCAGACUGCUUCAUCUUCCCUACAAUCUCUCCUUCAUCUUUCCUCUAUCUCUCUUCUCGCCCUACAGUUAUGUAACAUACUCGCUAUCAUGCUGUCGUCUCGCAGAUUUGUACAAGUCUAUCCACUCGAUACAUCCCUGGCGUCUGCUUUAACCAAGCUCGUCAGUGGCGAGGAGCCAUU